AUGCAAUUACAAUACAAAUUUUCUUCUUUUCAGCCGUUGCUACCAGAUGUAAGAGAUUUUCCGGUGCGUUUGCGACCUUACGCAAAAAAUUAUAUUGAUAACAGGAACAAAGAGUAUAUUGUCGCGAAAGAACAAGCAAGAUUGCAUGAACAAUUUGAUGCACAUUUGGCUUCAGGUGUGUUAGAUCAUUAUCUCAGCAAGGGUGAUGCAGGUUCACACGGUGAUGCACUGAAGGCUGUUCUUAAUGAUAGUAGACAGUUUUCAGCUCUGGAUCAUGAUCUCAUUAAGUUGUCUUUUGAGCGAAGAGCUGAGCUUCUGGGCAGGCGAGAUCAAUUACAUUUAUUUUACAAAUGUUUUCAACGUGUUACUAGGGAUGCACAGCUAAGAAUUGAAGUUCAAAGUUUGAUUGAUCAGCUGGGCCGUCAAGACUUUUUCUGCAUUGACGAUGAUGCUAUUGAUUGGGACCAGAAAUGCUGUUCAGAACUUGUGGACAAAUUCAACAAGCAAGUCUUCACUGGGUCUGAUCUUCCAAAAUAUUAUGUUAUUCGUGGAAUUAUGGAUUAUCGAGCAAUGUCACGCAUGAAGGAUGGCUCAUGUUCAUGGUGCGAUGUUUUUCAGAAGGUUGUUGGUAAACCAUAUGAUAGGUGGAUACAAAACAUUCCUUCGUUUUGGAUGGACACAAGAUACUAUAAGCACCAGUAUUAUGACAUCAUUCAACAACCAUUGCAAAAGGUUAGAUACUUUGGUAUACCCUGGUCGGGCAGCCUUAGUUUUCCCGCAGCCCUCCUGCCUGCAGAAACAUCUUCCACGGAGCCAACUUCUCAAAGCAGCGAGAAUCCCCGCUACGAGAUCGGGACCAUUUUAGAAAUGGUUAUGGGCGAUUUCUGCGUCGAGACGGCGGACAGAAGCGCCCUCGCCAAUGAGUGCAUGAGACUUUAUUCUGAGCUCGCCACUGAGAAGAUCCGGAUUCGCAUUCUCGAUGAUAUCGCCAUGAAAUCGUUCACUGAGAGUAACGAGAUCCAGCGGCGGAGCCUCGGCCAGGCGGAGACCAUGGACAAACUCGCCGGACCGAUCCCGAACCUCACGGUUAGGACGGACAAACUAGAGGCCGAGCUGUCACAGGAGAAGGCUCUCAACUCCGAGCUGAAGCGUCAAGCAGGCUCAAGGUAG